AUGAAUGUUUCCGAAUCAAUAGAAUCAACAACACAUGCCUCGCCCUCGCCAGAUGGCCAUUAUAUCGUCGGUCUGACCCCCGACCAUCUCUACGUAUAUUACACAGCGAACUUGACGAUUGCUUGCUCAUUCCCUCUCGACAACUCCAACGCCCCGACGACACGGUCAACCGAAUCUCCCACACUUUAUUGGACUCCAUGUUCGCUUUCUGUCAUACUCCAGACCAGCAGUCAUGUCGCUCUGUACAGUCUGGCCAACACGGCUAGCAGGGUCAAGAUCGCCAAUGGAAGCGCUAGCUUGGGUAGAAUUGCUAGUGUGGAUGUCUUUGGUGAGAACAUUGUUGUACUGUGGGAGUUCGGCAGAGUCGGAAUCUUUGAAGUUGGCAGGGGUCGGGUCACAGAGGUUUGUGAGUUGAAGACUGGGAUUGGGAGUUUGAAGUCUACAUGGGGGAUCAGGAGGGUCAAGGGUAAAGCUGAAGUACUUGCCAUGUUAUCUCGUACUUCGGCAACGGACACACUAUCCUUUAUUUUGGCUUCGUCGAUUACGCCUUUUACGACACUGAGUCUUCCGACCACUGAUGCUCAAUCACUAUCCUGGAGCCCUGCAAGCAAAUGGCUGAGUGUACUCGAUUCACCGCUGAGUGCACCAAACUCAGCUGUACACAUAUACACUGCGGAUGGCAAUCUCUACCGCAGCUACCCUCCCACAUCCUCUACACCCGUUGAGGAAUCAUUUACCCUGGGUCCUCUGCGUCAAGUCUGGGGACCCAAUCACCUUGCUCUCGCUAAUGCAGACGGUAGCAUCACUCUUCUCUCCACGACCACUUUCUCGCCAACAUGUACCCUGGAGCCACGGAAAGUAAGUGCAGCCGACAUCUCAGCCGUAUACCGCGAGCAAGUAAGCAGCAAAGGCGACCGUAACUGGACUUAUUUGGGUACCGGCGAUGACACUACAUCUCAACUUCUAUCCUCCUACUCUCCAGCUCUAGAGUUGAAGUUCGACGCUGCCGGUAAAUUUCUCGCUUUCCGCAUGGAAGCAUUUCCAGAAACCGUGGUUGUUUGGCAAAUCCCUUCCUCAAGACCUAUUUUCGCUUCUGCCACCCAGGAUACCGAGCAAGAAACAAACAGCGAAGAAAAGCACAACACGAUACUGCUGUUCCACCAUCACACACCCGUCAAAAAAAUCCAAUGGAAUCCCACAAUCUCUGGAUUGUUGCUCACCCACACAGAAGACAAUCAAAUCUACCUCUCUUCUACAAGCGGCGAGACAAACGCACCACUACACCUCUCUCACCCUUUCUCCGCCUCUGCCACAGCAUCUGCAUCACUUCCUCCAUCUUCUACGCCCAACGACCUUUUGGCUGUACACUGGAUAACUUCCACCUCCAUCCUCGUCACCACCAAAAAGCGCGGUUGGGUGAUUGUGUCGCCGUUUGGUGCCCCUUCUGCUCCUUCGUCACCGAUAGCCUCUGGAACGAAGGUGGCAGAAGAAGAAACACAGGAGGAUAGUAUGGAGGAUUCUUUGUAUGAGAUACUCAGUGGGAGGACACCGUUGCCCGCCUUGAGAAUCUCGGAUGAUUAUUUACCUGAGGAUUCAGAGGCGGAGGAAGGAGAGGAAGAAGCGGAGGAGUUCAAUGAUACGUUCAGAGGCAAAGGGACGGCUGGGACUAUUGGUAGUUUUGAGUACUGA